AUGUCAAUGACCAGCGACGAACAGAUCAUUGACCACAGCGUCCAGCACGACGCCGAGAAGACCCCAAUCUCCCCUAAUGCCACCCCUGCUGUUUCUGACAACGAAAACCGGGGCUCUGACAUCGAAAAGUCUCAACCUGCAGUCACAACUGAGCCCAACGGAGCCACAGCUGACGCCCCCAGUGCCGACACAGUAGCUCCAAUCCCCCCUCCCGACACCGGACGCGCCUGGCUGGCCAUGAUCGGAGCCUCGUUCGGUCUCUACUCCUCGUUCGGCUACAUCAACGUCGUGGGUCUCUACGAAGCCUACUACCUGCACCACCAGCUGAGCCACUACUCGGCCUCCACCAUCUCGUGGAUCACCUCCCUCCAAAUCUUCAUCCUCUUUGUGGGAGGAAUUUUCUUUGGCCGAAUCGCAGAAAUGUACGGCCCCCAGAAACUCGCGGCUUUCGGAACCGUGUUCACCAUCACAGGAAUCAUGACCACCAGCGUGUGCAAGGAAUACUGGCACUUUCUGCUGGCCCAGGGCAUCUGCACAAGUAUCGGUAACUCCGCCAUCUACUACGCCUCGCUCCUAGCAGCCACCACCUGGUUCCAGAAGAAGCGAGCUCUGGCUCUCGGAGUGGUGGUUGCCGGCUCUUCUCUCGGAGGUACCACCAUGCCCUUCAUUUUCACCAAACUGCAGCCCCGAAUCGGAUUCCCUCAGACCGUCAGAGCGAUCGGAUACCUCAUGAUUGGCGUCUGCGUCAUUUGCACUCUGCUGGUGUCGUCCAGAUUCCCGCCCAACAAAAAGCUACGAAAAGAGUUCUUCAACCUGCGGGAAGAAGUGCUCGUACCCUACACCAAGCCCUCCAUCAUUCUCGUGACUCUGGCCAUGUUCUUCUCCUUCUGGGGGCUUUUUACCGCCAUCGGAUACAUGUCUACCCAUGCUAUUGCCCAUGGAAUGUCCGAAGAGACCGCCUACUAUCUCGUGUCCAUUUACAAUGGUUCUUCUCUAAUCGGGCGAAUUCUCCCGGGAUUUGUGGCUGACAAAUUCGGCUCCUACAACAUGCACUCCAUUUGCACCGUCAUCUGUGGAGUCUUCCUUUUAGCCAUGUGGAUUCCAGCGAAGACGAACCCUGUGAUUAUUGCAUUCAGCUCCUGCUUCGGAGUCAUUUCUGGAGCUACGGUGUCGCUGUUUCCGGCUCUGGUGGCGUCUAUUACUCCGCCUACAGAGGUCGGUAGACGGAUGGGCGUCGUCUCCUUCUUCUACUCCUUCUCGUCCCUCACAGCCAUGCCCAUUGCCGGCCAAAUUCUGCACAGCGAUAACGACAACUUUACUGGUCUGCAAGUUUGGGCUGGAGUCACCAUGCUAGUUGGAGGAUUCUGCGUCUUUGCCAGUAAGAUGUGUAUUGAGGGCAAAACCUGGAGAAGCAAGUUCUAG